AUGGCCCCCAAGAGGUAUAACAACAAGGCCCCCAAGGCCCCCAAGGCUCCAAAAAACCACAAAACCACCUCCAAGGUCAAGAAGGUGCAGGCACCUAUCACUACCCGUGUGACACGCUCUAGAGCCCGUGAGUCUGGGGAGGAGUUGGUCUCUCUUGACAUGUAUGCAUCGACUCGAACCCGAAGAAAGACAACUAAAGCCACCGUCACUAAUCCAACGGUCAUUAACACCACGGUUAAUAACCCUACGGUUGACACCCCUACGGUUAACAGCACCGCGGUUACCAACACCACGGUUACCAUUGAGAUCAAGGUAACACCGUCAAAGGCGCCAGGCACAGAAGAGAUCAAACUGAAUCCACCCACCAAGAGAAAGGCGUCCACCGAAACACCUCGUGACUUGGAAUCGCCUCCUAGAAAAUUGGCGAGGAAUGGCCGCGCACCAAAGUCGCCUUCUAGUCCUAAGAAAACGCCCACCGAGAAACAGGUGGGUCAACCCCCGGUUACUCAGACAGAGGUCCCGGCUACUCAGACAGAGAAAGUAACCCAGGUAGACCCGAACUCUUCUACCAGCAGCAGUGGCAUUGGUUCUGUCAGCGUUGGCAGCUCCAACUUUGCAAGCCCCGCGGGAAGCGAGAAAAGUGACAGCACCGGUGGUAUCAGUUCUCUCAACAGUGGCUCUAACUCUGAGAAGAACCCCAGCUCUCCCGGUUCUCCCAACAAGCCUCCUAGUGAUUCUGGGUCCGACUCUAACCCUCAGAAUCUUGACCGGGCUCCUUUCCCAGCUCAUACUAAUGGUUUCUUUACUGCUCUUGUUUCCCUGCUCGAGAUUGCUGACAAUGUUCGCGGCUUGAAGCAGACAAUUGAUGAAACGCCUGGGGUGUCUCCUAACUGGGCCGACUCCGAGCGGUACUCCCGCUACUCCUCAUCCACUGAAUCAAGCCUCUACAGUUUCUAGAUAUUGGUUCUUCAAUGCGCAGUGAAGCGUCUUUUGACAAGUCCCCUCGUCCCACAUCUCCCUCUGUGAAGAAGUCGUCGUCGUCGUGGUCCAAAAGCAAGUCCAGCCUUCCUGUAACUUCUGACAACCACCACCACCGUGAUGCCACACGCCCGAUCAGAGCUUCGGUCGCUCGCGUCUACGAGACCGACUCUUCAGCAACACCCACACCACACCCACCACCAUUAAAACCCGGCGUCUUCAAAAGGGCCUCCCCAUCUUCAACAGAAAUACAUCCUUCUCAUCGGGACCGGUACACCGGCCGUAGGAGACAGUCGCCCUCGCCAGAAUUGACAACCCCCCGACGAGGAAGUUACCUCUUCUUCUUCCUCCUCAUCGGACAGCCAACCCCAACCCAAACCCGGACCCAAACCCAAACCCCCUUAACGUCAACUCACCCGCGAAACCCACUCCAGAAUCCAACCGAAGGCAAUCCUCCGCCCAAACCGGAUCAAAACCCCCUCCCCGCAUCACCGUCGAAAAACUCCCCCGAGAGCCCGUCAUGUCAACAGUGGUUAACUCGCGCACCCCGCUCCCCAUCUCGAAGCCAGAGCCUGUCAGGGAAAGGAUCAUCCACGUGAGCCUUACCCCUAGGCUUCAGAGUUUGAAGUCACGGGUGCAGUUCCUGGUCAAGAAUGAGGGCGGGCAGAGGAGAGCGAGGGCUGAACUGAGGUAUCGGUUGGGACGGGU